UCUUAGCCUCUUCAUUUGCUCCUUGCUCUUCUUCCAAAUCUUAGUGUUUUUCUGUCUGUUUUGUGAGUGGUAAUGGCUCAGAUUAGGGUUUCUGGUUUGGCCAUUCUGGCCAUGGUUGUGCUUUCUGCCUACGAAACUGAUGCUCAAUUACUGCUGUGCGCUCAAGUUAAUAUAUACCUUCUCCCGUGUCGGGCCAGCAUUCUUGAUUCCAACAUUCUUCCGACCUCGAUUUGUUGCAGCAGCCUUCAGGCCCUGGCCACCCUCUCUUUGGGUCCUCCCGACCGGAGGAAGGAAUGCUGCCAGUGCUGCAAGAACUACUUGCUGAGCCUCAACAUCCUCGUCGCCCUCAACCUCUUCAACCAAUGCAACUGCAACCCUGGGUUCCCCUUCGACCCCAACUUCGACUGCAACUCGUUGUGAUCUCGAUGCCGAGGACUUGGCCGUGCUUGGUUUGCUAGAAUAGUUACUCUAUACUCGGCCAACCGGCAGCGGUCUUUCUAUAGAGCGCCUGUAUGAUUGUGUGUUUGUGUUUUUUUUCUAGCCUUCGUUGUGACCCCUCUCUUCUUCUUACCCUCCAUGUAUCUCUGCUAAGGUUUCUAAGAAAAUCUCCAUGCACAUGUUUGCAUGGCAGAUACGUGAAAUA